AUGACAGACCAAUAUUCAUGUUUUUUACCAAAUGAAUUACAUUGGCCAAGACCCGUACAAUACUUUAUUGCUUAUUUGUCAGAAAUAAUAAUUAAUAAUGAUGGUAAUAUAAGCUUUCUUUUUCUACUCUCCUUACUCUCUAUUUCUUCUCUUCUUACUCUCCUUUUUUCCUUUCUCUUCUCUCUUUACUCUACGUAUUUUCUCUUUUCUCUCACGAUUUCCUCUCCGUCUUCUCAACUUAUUUUCCCUCUGUUUUAUUUUCACUUCUCUCCUUAUAUUAUCUCCCUCUUCUCUCCUUAUCCUCUUUAUUUUAUCUUAAGAAUCUCCUUAUAUUUUCUUUAUUUUAUCCCCCUCUUCUCUCCUUACCCUCUUUAUUUUAUCUCCCUCUUCUCUCCUUAUCCUCUUUAUUUUAUCCCCCUCUUCUCUCCUUACCCUCUUUAUUUUAUCUCCCUCUUCUCUCCUUAUCCUCUUUAUUUUAUCUCCUUACUCUCCAUAUUUUUCUCUCCCUUCUCUCUUUACUCCCCAUAUUUUCUCGCCCUUCUCUCCUUACUCUCCAUAUUCUCUCUCUUCUCUCCUUACUCAAUAUAUUUUCUCUCUCUUCUCUCUUUACUUUCCAUAUUUUGUCUCUUAUCUCUUUACCCUCCAUAUUUCCUCUUCUUACUCUCCUUAUUGCCAUUCUUUAUCUUAGGUUUAUUUUCUUUGUUCUCUCGUUCUUUCUCUCCUUAUUUUCAUUCUGUUCUCUCCUUAUAUUUCUCCCACUCCUUAAUUCUCUCCCUCGCCCUUCUUGUUUCUGGGUAUUUAAUUACCCUUAUUCAACUUUCUCUUUCUCCUUAUUUACCCUUUCUCUCUCUCCUUAUUCACGCUUUAUCUCUCUCUCUCUCUCUCCUUAUUCACCUUUCUUUCCUCUUCCUUGUCCGCCUCCGCGUCCUUUUUCACAAUCAUUAUUCUACUGUUAUUACCAUAGCUGCUUGCAACUUUUAA